AUGUCAUACAACGGAAUAGGACUACAGACUCCAAGAGGUACAGCUACAUCAGGAUACGUCCAAAAAAACGUCUCAUCAAAAGCAAAAAAUCCCGGCUAUUAUCAACAACGAAAAGAAAAUGAAAAGCAACAGGUUUCCAAAGGGAAAUUGUUAAUUGAAAAGAUUAACAAACAACAAGCAAAGGAAGAAAUAGUGAAGCAUGAAAAAUUACGACAGAUUGAAGUUAAAUGUUGCGAGUUGAGAGAUGAUCUUGAAGAUGAGGAUGUCGAUGAUAAGGAAAUAGAUAAAAGAGUUGAUGAACUUCGGAAGAAACUUUUGAAAGAAUUGGAAUCUCCACGUCCUACUGUACAAAAUAAAUCAGAUUCGGUUGAUAAGAUAGAGGCAGAGGCAUCUCGAAUAAAUGAAGAUAAAGAUCAGAAAACUGAGAAAAGUGCUUCAACAAAGAGAUUUGGCUAUGUGCCUCGAUAUCCAUCAGAAAGACCCGAUAAGGCUACUUAA